CUCAACUUUAGCCUAUGUCGACCCAUAUCACUGCGUAUCUCUCGCCUCUCUUUCCUCAACACGACUGUUACUCAACCCAAAUGUGGAAGUAAAAUAAGAAAAUUGUGUCCGUGUUCAGUUUUGUUAGCAAAACUAGUAUGGAGGCAGAUUUUGACCAUGAGGACAAGUACAGCUGGUACUUCGGUCAGCUGUCCCGUGAUGAGACCAACAGGAUCCUGGAGAGGGAGCAGUUCAGCGGCGUGUUCCUGGUGCGGGAGAGCAAGACCAUGCCUGGGGACUUUGUGCUCUGUGUCAAAGAGGACGCUAAAGUGAGCCACUACAUCGUGAACCGCAUCCAGUCAGGCGGCACCGGGUCCUUCAAGAUUGGGGACAAAGAGUUCCCAGACAUCCCUAGCCUGCUCAACUUCUACAAGACUCAUUACCUGGACACCACCACACUUAUACGCCCGGCACCUAGGGCGAGACUUCUAUGUAAAUAUGAAUUUCCAGGAAGGGACCCAGAGGACUUGCCCUUCAAGAGGGGCGAGGUCCUGGAGUUGAUAUCAAAAGACGAGGCCGAGUGGUGGUCAGCAAGGAACACCAGUGGCCUCGUGGGUCAGAUACCUGUCCGCUAUAUAGAAGUGAUAGACGAGGACAGGCAGGUGAACAAUGGGAGCGAAGGUCCGGGCUACGAGCGGCCACAGGAAAUAGCACAACAGCCCCAGCCCCCAGCUGUUCAGGUGAAGCUGCCGGCAAAGGCGAUCGUGAUACUUCAGAGGAUCCCCAGCGCUUACGACAGGCGUCAGCUACGUUUGGAGCGUGGAGAGAUAGUGACCGUGGUGGAGACGAACCUGAACGGCCAAUGGGAGGGCGAGAUCAACGGCAGGCGGGGGAUUUUCCCCUUCACUCACGUGCGGUUCUUGACGCCAGAGGAACUCAGCAACAUAGACGCCUAGACGGGUGGGGGGGGGGCACCCACACCCACCCACCAGCCACCCCUUCUCCCCAUCCUUGUAGUUGCUUUGUGAAGGAGGGCAGUGUGGAGUGAUUUGUUUCAGAAAGUGAAGUGGAGUGAUUUGUUGUGUAGGCGGCACAGUGAAAGAUGUAAUUUGUUUGUGUGGGAAGUGAAGGGAUGUGAGGGAUUUGCUUGUGUGGGAAGUGAAAUGAAGAAAGUGAUUUGGUUGUGUGGGAAGUGAAGUGAAGAAAAUGAUUUGGUUGUGGGGGGAAGUGAAGUGAAGAAAA